CAGUUUGCUAUCAUCGGGUAAAUAAACAGCUCCGGCGGUCGGCAUUGUUUUUCGUCGCGAUUCCGCUGAUCGAUCGUUUUAAAUGGUUUUGCUGCAUUUUUGCUAGUGAACUAUAUAUACGAAAAUAUCCGUAGUUUAAGUAGUUCCGUGACACAUCCGACAAUAUGGGCGAAACCGAGCCCAUCCACAUCGAGUAUGCGGACGAAACGGAGCUGCUGACCGAGUUCCGCAACUACAUGAGUGAUCCGGACACACGGGAGAAGGCCGCCAACUAUCUGCUGGAAUCGCUCAUCGACGAAACCAUUCUGGGAGUGGUGUUCGAAGUACAUCAUGCGUACAAGUCCGGCUCCGGUGUAGCAAUCGAGGGAGAACCGGAGGACAGUAAGCCCUACACAAUCGUCGAUCUGCCGGAUAUGGACGUUUUUGGAUCGACGAACAGUAAGAAAGCCAUCGACUGCAACUGUCCGAACUGCAACCGGAUUGUGGCCGCGUCGCGGUUCGCCCCACAUCUUGAAAAGUGUAUGGGAAUGGGCCGGAAUUCAUCGCGAAUCGCUAGCCGCCGUAUAGCCAAUACGCGAGAUGGAGGCAACUAUUUUGGCGCGGACGAGGACGACGAAGACGACGCCGAUUGGUCCGGCGAGAAGCGCAAGAAGAAGAUCGCCCCGGUCAGAACCAACGGCAACAAGAAGAACGGCAAGUCGUCAUGAAAAUAAUUAACACAGUUAUGAAACAAGGUGAAUCCCUGGAAGAAACGGCUUCGGUCUUCCGUGGGAUGUCCUUCCGAGAUGCGCACGACUGGUAAGUAGCUUUGACGAGCGUGGUCAGACGAAGGUUUCACUCUUGUUAUUGGCGAUAAUGCAAACCAUGAAGAACUGCCGGCUAGAAAGCGGAAACGAUACCAGAAUCGAUCACACGACUUGGUUGGAUUGAGUCUGGUGUUCGUGCUGAAAUUGUGACUUUAGUAACUUAUGAAAAUAGAUUUGAACACAACAUUGUGGUGUAAAGUUUUACAAUGAGGAUUCCAAUUUAGAUGUGGUCAAAAAUUUGUAGAUUAGGCAACACGAUCAAAGAUCUAUAAACAUUAAAAGAUUGUGAACGACUUAAAUAUUAUUAUAUAAUGACUAUUGUAAUUUCUUAGAAAACAACAAAUUAGGGUAUGAAAUUAUAGAUAUUGCUGUAAAAUAUAA